CGGCAGGAGCGGUGGCGGCGGCAGAGGCGGCGGCUCCGGCUCCAGCUCCGGCGGCGGUGGCGGGAGCGAGACCAGGUGGCUGCGGCGACGGUGGAGACAGAAGAGCAGGAGCAGCAGCCUCAGCGGCUCGUGUUGGGGGGGGACAUGCGGACCUACGGCCCCUGGAUAGGCGGAAGGAGCGGAGGCCCCAGUGCCCUGCCCUUGAUGCUGACUGUCCAGCAACAGUGACCGGCGUGAGCAAGCAAAGACCUGGCCUGGUGCAUUGUCCUGGGCUGCAGUGGGCUGUGGAGCUAGCGCCCUGGAUGGCCCCAGAGCCAGCCCCAGGGAGGAUGAUGGUGCCCCUUGUGCCUGCACUGGUGAUGCUAGGUUUGGUGGCAGGCGUCCACAGUGACAGCAAACCUGUCUUCGUUAAGGUCCCUGAAGACCAGAUUGGACUUUCAGGAGGGGUGGCUUCCUUCGUGUGUCAAGCCACAGGGGAGCCCAAGCCUCGUAUCACGUGGAUGAAGAAGGGGAAGAAAGUCAGCUCCCAGCGCUUUGAGGUAAUUGAGUUUGACGACGGAGCAGGGUCAGUACUGCGAAUCCAGCCAUUACGGGUGCAGCGAGACGAAGCCAUCUACGAAUGUACAGCCACCAACAGUCUGGGCGAGAUCAACACAAGUGCCAAGCUCUCAGUGCUUGAAGAGGAGCAGCUGCCAUCUGGGUUUCCCACCAUCGACAUGGGGCCUCAACUGAAGGUGGUGGAGAAGGCCCGCACGGCCACGAUGCUGUGUGCAGCUGGUGGGAAUCCAGACCCCGAGAUCUCUUGGUUCAAAGAUUUCCUUCCUGUGGACCCUGCCACAAGCAAUGGCCGCAUCAAGCAGCUGCGUUCAGGUGGUUCACCAAUCAGAGGUGCCUUGCAGAUUGAGAGCAGCGAGGAGUCGGACCAAGGCAAGUACGAGUGUGUGGCAACCAACUCCGCAGGCACACGCUACUCGGCCCCUGCCAACCUGUAUGUGCGAGAUCAGCGAGAAGUGCGCCGCGUGGCUCCUCGUUUCUCCAUCCCUCCCACCAGUCAGGAGGUGAUGCCAAGCGGCAGUGUGAACCUGACUUGUGUGGCAGUGGGUGCACCCAUGCCCUACGUGAAGUGGAUGAUGGGUGCUGAGGAACUUACCAAGGAGGAUGAGAUGCCGGUUGGCCGCAACGUCCUGGAGCUCAGCAAUGUCGUACGCUCAGCCAACUACACUUGUGUGGCCAUCUCCUCUCUAGGCAUGAUAGAGGCCACAGCCCAGGUCACAGUAAAAGCUCUGCCAAAGCCUCCAAUUGAUCUUGUGGUGACAGAGACAACCGCCACCAGUGUCACCCUGACCUGGGACUCUGGGAAUGCAGAGCCUGUGUCCUACUAUGGCAUCCAGUACCGAGCAGCUGGCACAGAGGGUCCCUUCCAGGAGGUGGAUGGUGUAGCCACCACCCGCUACAGCAUCGGUGGCCUCAGCCCUUUCUCAGAAUAUGCCUUCCGCGUGUUAGCAGUCAACAGCAUCGGACGAGGUCCACCCAGUGAAGCAGUGCGGGCGCGCACGGGUGAGCAGGCACCCUCCAGCCCUCCACGCCGCGUGCAGGCCCGCAUGUUGAGUGCCAGCACCAUGCUUGUGCAGUGGGAGCCACCUGAGGAGCCCAACGGCCUGGUGCGGGGAUACCGCGUCUAUUAUACUCCUGACUCCCGGCGUCCCCUGAGCGCCUGGCAUAAGCACAACACUGAUGCAGGACUCCUUACCACCGUCGGCAGCCUGCUCCCUGGCAUCACCUACAGCCUGCGUGUCCUUGCCUUCACCGCUGUGGGUGAUGGCCCACCCAGCCCCACCAUCCAAGUCAAGACACAGCAGGGAGUGCCUGCGCAGCCCGCAGACUUCCAGGCUGAGGCUGAGUCGGACACCAGGAUCCAGCUCUCGUGGCUGCUGCCCCCGCAGGAGCGGAUCGUCAAGUAUGAGCUUGUGUACUGGGCAGCGGAGGAUGAAGGCCAGCAGCACAAGGUGACCUUCGACCCUACCUCCUCCUACACUGUAGAGGACCUGAAGCCUGACACACUGUACCACUUCCAGCUGGCUGCCCGCUCGGAUAUGGGGGUGGGCGUCUUCACCCCCACCAUCGAGGCCCGCACAGCACAGUCAACCCCCUCCGCCCCUCCCCAGAAGGUGACGUGUGUUAGCACGGGCUCCACCACGGUCCGGGUAAGUUGGGUCCCACCGCCAGCCGACAGCCGCAACGGCGUUAUCACCCAGUACUCCGUGGCCUAUGAGGCAGUGGACGGCGAGGACCGUGGGCGGCAUGUGGUGGAUGGCAUCAGCCGUGAGCAUUCCAGCUGGGACCUGUUGGGCCUGGAGAAGUGGACCGAGUACCGGGUGUGGGUGCGGGCACACACAGAUGUGGGCCCCGGCCCCGAGAGCAGCCCGGUGCUAGUGCGCACCGACGAGGACGUGCCCAGUGGGCCACCACGGAAGGUGGAGGUAGAGCCGCUGAACUCCACUGCUGUGCAUGUCUCCUGGAAGUUGCCCGUUCCCAACAAGCAGCACGGCCAGAUACGUGGCUACCAGGUCACCUAUGUGCGGCUGGAGAAUGGUGAGCCCCGAGGCCCACCCGUCAUCCAGGAUGUCAUGCUGGCCGAGGCUCAGUGGAGGCCAGAGGAGUCCGAGGACUAUGAAACCACCAUCAGUGGCCUCACCCCCGACACCAUGUAUUCCAUUACUGUUGCCGCCUAUACCACAAAAGGGGACGGUGCCCGAAGCAAGCCCAAAAUCGUUACUACGACAGGAGCAGUCCCAGGCCGGCCCACCAUGAUGGUCAGCACCACGGCCAUGCACACCGCGCUGCUGCAGUGGCACCCGCCCAAGGAGCUGCCUGGGGAGCUGCUCGGCUACCGGCUGCAAUACCGUCGGGCUGAUGAGGCACGGCCCAACACCAUAGAUUUUGGCAAGGAUGACCAGCACUUUACAGUUACUGGCCUACAUAAAGGGGCCACCUACAUCUUCCGGCUUGCUGCCAAGAACCGGGCUGGCCCAGGUGAGGAGUUCGAGAAGGAGAUCACAACUCCUGAGGAUGUGCCCAGCGGCUUUCCCCAAAACCUACGAGUGACAGGACUAACGACGUCAACUACGGAACUGGCCUGGGACCCACCAGUACUGGCAGAAAGGAAUGGGCGCAUCACCAACUAUACUGUGGUGUACCGAGACAUCAACAGCCAGCAGGAGCUACAGAAUGCCACUGCUGACACCCACCUUACUCUCUCUGGCCUCAAGCCAGACACCACUUACGAUGUCAAGGUCCGGGCACACACCAGCAAAGGCGCCGGCCCGCUCAGCCCCAGCAUCCAGUCCCGGACCAUGCCCGUGGAACAAGUGUUUGCCAAGAAUUUCCGUGUGGCGGCCGCAAUGAAGACAUCCGUGCUGCUCAGCUGGGAGGUCCCUGACUCCUACAAGUCAGCUGUACCCUUCAAGAUUCUGUACAAUGGGCAGAGUGUGGAGGUGGAUGGGCACUCGAUGCGGAAGCUGAUUGCAGACCUGCAGCCCAACACAGAGUACUCAUUUGUGUUAAUGAACCGUGGCAGUAGCGCUGGGGGCCUGCAGCACCUCGUGUCUAUCCGCACAGCCCCCGAUCUCCUGCCACACAAGCCACUGCCUGCCUCAGCCUACAUACAGGAUGGCCGCUUUUCCCUCUCCAUGCCUCAAGUGCAGGACCCCUCGCUAGUCAGGUGGUUCUACAUCGUGGUGGUACCCAUAGACCGCGUGGCUGGAAGCAUGCUGACACCAAGAUGGAACACGCCUGAAGAGCUGGAGCUGGACGAGCUUCUAGAGGCCAUUGAACAGGGUGGAGAGGAGCGGCGGCGGCGGCGCCAGGCAGAGCGGCUAAAGCCAUACGUGGCGGCUCAAGUGGACGUGCUCCCCGAGACCUUCAUUCUGGGGGACAAGAAGAACUACAGGGGCUUCUACAACCGGCCCCUGUCUCCGGACCUGAGUUACCAGUGCUUUGUGCUUGCCUCCCUGAAGGAACCUGUGGACCAGAAGCGCUAUGCCUCCAGCCCCUACUCGGAUGAGAUCGUAGUCCAGGUGACACCUGCCCAGCAGCAGGAGGAGCCCGAGAUGCUGUGGGUGACUGGCCCCGUCUUGGCAGUCAUCCUCAUCAUACUCAUUGUCAUCGCCAUUCUCCUGUUCAAGAGGAAAAGGACCCACUCCCCAUCAUCAAAGGACGAACAGUCCAUUGGACUGAAGGACUCCCUUCUGGCCCACUCCUCUGACCCUGUGGAGAUGCGGAGGCUCAAUUACCAGACCCCAGGUUCCAGUGCCCCCAGUUGCCCGAAUAUCUCAAGUAUGCGAGACCACCCACCCAUCCCCAUCACCGACCUGGCAGACAAUAUUGAACGCCUCAAAGCCAAUGAUGGCCUCAGGUUCUCCCAGGAGUAUGAGUCCAUUGAUCCUGGCCAGCAGUUCACGUGGGAGAAUUCCAACUUGGAAGUGAACAAGCCUAAGAACCGCUACGCAAAUGUCAUUGCCUAUGACCACUCUCGAGUCAUUCUCACCUCUAUUGAUGGUGUCCCGGGCAGUGACUACAUCAAUGCCAACUACAUUGAUGGCUACCGCAAGCAGAAUGCCUACAUUGCUACACAGGGCCCACUGCCUGAGACAAUGGGUGAUUUCUGGCGGAUGGUGUGGGAACAGCGCACGGCCACAGUGGUCAUGAUGACCCGGCUAGAGGAGAAAUCCCGGGUGAAGUGUGAUCAGUAUUGGCCAGUUCGUGGCACUGAGACCUACGGCCUCAUUCAGGUGACCCUGCUGGACACAGUGGAGCUGGCUACGUACACUGUGCGCACCUUUGCACUCCACAAGAGUGGCUCCAGUGAGAAGCGUGAGCUACGUCAGUUCCAGUUCAUGGCCUGGCCAGACCAUGGGGUUCCUGAGUACCCAACUCCUAUCCUGGCCUUCUUGAGGCGGGUCAAAGCCUGCAACCCGCUAGAUGCAGGGCCCAUGGUGGUACACUGCAGCGCUGGUGUGGGCCGCACGGGCUGCUUCAUCGUUAUUGACGCCAUGUUGGAGCGAAUGAAGCAUGAAAAAACAGUGGACAUCUAUGGACAUGUGACAUGCAUGCGGUCACAGAGGAACUACAUGGUGCAGACAGAGGACCAAUAUGUGUUCAUCCAUGAGGCACUGCUGGAGGCUGCCACGUGCGGGCACACCGAAGUGCCCGCCCGUAAUCUCUACGCCCACAUCCAGAAGCUAGGCCAAGUACCUCCUGGGGAGAGUGUGACCGCCAUGGAGCUUGAGUUCAAGUUGCUGGCCAGCUCCAAGGCCCACACAUCCCGCUUCAUUAGCGCCAACCUACCCUGCAACAAGUUCAAGAACCGCCUGGUGAACAUUAUGCCCUAUGAACUCACCCGAGUGUGUCUGCAGCCAAUCCGUGGUGUGGAGGGCUCCGACUACAUCAAUGCCAGCUUCCUGGAUGGCUAUAGACAGCAGAAGGCCUACAUAGCUACACAGGGGCCUCUAGCGGAGAGCACUGAAGACUUCUGGCGCAUGCUGUGGGAGCACAAUUCUACCAUCAUUGUCAUGCUGACCAAGCUCCGGGAGAUGGGCAGGGAGAAGUGCCACCAGUACUGGCCCGCAGAACGCUCUGCUCGCUAUCAGUACUUUGUUGUUGACCCAAUGGCUGAAUACAACAUGCCUCAGUACAUCCUGCGUGAAUUCAAGGUCACGGAUGCCCGGGAUGGACAGUCCAGAACAAUCCGGCAGUUCCAGUUCACAGACUGGCCAGAGCAGGGUGUGCCCAAAACAGGUGAAGGCUUCAUUGACUUCAUUGGGCAGGUGCACAAGACAAAGGAGCAGUUUGGGCAGGAUGGGCCCAUCACAGUGCACUGCAGUGCUGGUGUGGGCCGCACCGGAGUAUUCAUCACUCUGAGCAUCGUCCUAGAGCGCAUGCGCUAUGAGGGUGUGGUGGACAUGUUCCAGACCGUGAAGACCCUGCGAACACAGCGUCCUGCAAUGGUGCAGACAGAGGACCAGUACCAGCUGUGCUACCGUGCGGCCCUGGAGUACCUCGGCAGCUUUGACCACUAUGCAACGUAACUACUGCUCCCUUCUCCUCCGCUGCUCCCAUCCAGGGGCUCCGGAGGGGACCCAGCUCCUCUGAGCCAUACCGACCAUCGUCCAGUCCUACACGGAUGCUGUUGCCGGCAGAGCAUAGCCCACUGGGAUCACAGUGUUUCAGGAACAUUGCUACACCAGUUUGAGAGCCCAGAACCCCUGGGCAAGUAGGUGGACUGGCAGGAAGGCUCUGUGGCCCCUCUGUCCACCAGGCCCACCCAGAGCCUGCUUCAAGCUCUCUGUUCAGCUCCGCGUUUCUCAUGCUUCUCAUGGGGUGGGGUUGGGGGCUAAGCCUCCUUUUUUAUACAUUAGGCGGGGUAGGCCGAGGGAGGGAUUCUAGCCUCUUCCCUCUUGACUUUUCCUUUUGCAAACCCUUCACUGCACAUUGGGCUGCUGUGGGGUAGGGAUCAUUUGUUUUCCUUUUUUAGUUCAUAACUUCUACUGCUGAAGGACAAAACAUGCCUUCCUCGUGUGGAGCUGGGGCCUGGCCUGAGAAAGUCAGCUGUGGCCCCGGAAGGCAGUGCUGCUUCAGCUGCACUUCCCGCCUUUCAGAAACGAUCCUGUUCCAGCCAAAUGCAGGGAAACACAUUUGCUUUUUGUUUAAAGUUUAUUUUUCCUUAAGAGCCUUUUUUUAGGCCGCACAGACAGUGGUGGGCGGGGAGGCGAUAGGAAACACACAUCCCCAGUGUCUAUUCCAGUGUGUGUUUUAACAUUCACAGCCUACAACCAGAGACGUGUCUUGGAGGAGCCUGGCAGGGCAUUCCUCGUCACCAUCGUGUUUGCAAAGGUUUAAAAAUUAAAAAAAACCCACAAAAAUACAAUUAAGAAAAAAAUAGAAAAAAAGACAGUCAUACCCUGGCCUCUUCUUCAAAUCCUGAAGGAGCAGGUAACGCCAUGUGCCUGAGGCUCCGCAAGGGCCCAGAGAGUUUUGCUGUUGUCCCUAUCCUACCAGUGUGGCUGGUGUUUGUAGGCAAUGGGGUCUGGCCACCUCAGAAAAUGAAUGGCACAGGUCAGGGCCUGUACCAUGCCCCACACACCUCAGGGCCAAGCGGGGGCGUGGCUGGUCCUUCAGGUCCAGGCCAGUGGGCCUGGUAGCACAUAUCUGUCCUCAGCAGGGGCCAGAUGAUUUCUCUCCCUGGUUUGCAGCUGUUUUAAAAUCCCUUGAGAACCACUCCUUCAAGUUGCCCUCCUAAACCAAUGUGGCAAGACUACUGGACUUCUCUCCAUGGUACUAUACUCAAUCUUCUUAUCUUGGCUUGCUGAGGGGCAGGGAGAGGGCCUCUUCCUCUGGGCAGCGCUAUCUAGAUAGGUAAGUGGGGGCGGGGAAGGGUGCAUAGCCGUUUUAGCCAAGGGACUUGACGCCGAUGUCCCCAGCUCUAGCUAGGCUAAGUCAAGAUCAACAAUCCAGGGUUGGUAAUGUUGGAUGGAACAUUCAUUUUUACCUUGUGGAUGCUAGUGCUGUAGAGUUCACUGUGGUACACAGUCUGUUUUCUAUUUGUUAAGAAAAACUACAGCAUCGUUGCAUAAUUCUUGAUGGUAAUAAAUUUGAAUAACCAGAUUUCUUAUA